AUGAGAAAGAAAUUUGAAAGAGAGAUAGAAGAAGAACGACAGAAGAUAGAGAAAGAGAGACAGAAACAGAGAAGAGAAAGAGAAGAAAAAGAGAGAGAAUAUGAUGAAAAGAGACAGGAAACAAAAAGACAUUACGAACAGCUGGAGCAUGAGAGAAAAGAGGAGUGGGAGAGAAGAAAAAGAGAAGAUGAUGAGAGACGAGAAGAAGAGAGAAAGAGAUGGAAGAAAAGGAUUGAAGACCUGAAACAAAAGCAAGAAGAAGAGAUCAAGAGAAGAGAAAAAGAGGAGAAUGAGAGAAAAGAAAGAGAAGAGAAAGAGAGAAAUGAAAUGAAAAAGGAAUAUGAAGAGGAAAUUAAAGAGAUGAAGAAGAAACAUGAAGGUGAAGCCAGAAAACAAGCAGAAGAACUGAAUGAUUUCAAAGAAGGAAAAGAGCAGCUCCAACAGAAGCUGGAAGAACAUCAGAAUGAAUAUGAAUCACUCAAAAUAUUCCAUCAACACCUGAAAGACCAGAAAGAAAAGGAAAUAAGAGAGUUACAAGAACUUUUGCAAAGACUAAAGUCUCAAAACCAAAGAGAU